GGCCCCGGAGCUCCCAGUGCACGCGGGUCAGGGGAGCAGCGAGCAGGCUGGCGUGGCGGCGCUAGGGGGGCGCCACGGACUCGGGAUGGAGGCGGCCGCGCGCGCCCGCUGUCAGUACUAGGACGCUGUGGAGACCCGCGGAAGGGUGAGCUCCGGGAAGGUGAGGCGCUGGCGGUGCGUCGUCUGUGCCCGAGUUUCCCCUUACACACAUCACGGGGUCCAGGGUAAAUCCACGGAAGCCCGCCGUGGGCUGCCACUGGUCUGGACCGACGCCGUGGCCGCGUGUGGCUGGGCGAGUAGCGGGCGGAGGAUACAACGAGCCGUGGGCGCCGCGCUCGAGCUGGAUGGAGGGGCCGUCCCGGGGCGCGCCUCUGCUCGCGUUUGGCCGCCCCCGCCCCCCAUCCCUGGGCUGUGGCUCCGCUUUUCCCGCGACGUGGGUUGGUUUAUUUGGUUUCCUUCUUGUCCCCACCCCUUUCCCCAUCCAUCCUCUUCCGCCCCCUCCCAGCCCAGCCCCUUUCACCAGGCACCGAGGAGACCUCGCCCCUCCUCCCUCUCCUCCCUCCCUCCGCCCGGCUUCCUCCUCCUCCCCCGCCGCCGCCGUCUCUAAUGAGCAUCUCUGCCUUGCUUUCAAUGGGCCGGUGCUGCUGUCGCUGCUGCUCACCGCGCGGGUUGUGGAUGUUGUCGGCUCCGUGUUGUGAUGACAGGAGAAUGUGUGUGUGUCCCGGGCCCAGACGAAUUGGAAUCCCAGUCCGAAGUUCCAGCCUGCCACUAUUCUCUGAUGCCAUGCCAGCACCAACUCAGCUGUUUUUCCCUGUGAUUCGUAACUGUGAACUGAGUAGAAUCUAUGGCACUGCGUGUUACUGCCACCACAAACAUCUCUGUUGCUCACCCCCUUUCAUUUCUCAGAGUCGCCUGAGGUAUACACCCCAUCCAGCAUAUGCUACCUUUUCUAGGCCAAAGGAGAACUGGUGGCAAUACACCCAAGGAAGGAGGUAUGUUUCUACACCACAAAAAUUUUACCUCACGCCUCCACAAGUCAACAGCAUCCUGAAAGCUAAUGAAUACAGUUUCAAAGUGCCAGAAUUUGAUGGCAAAAAUGUCAGUUCUGUCCUGGGAUUUGACAGCAAUCAGCUACCUGCAAACGCACCCAUUGAGGACCGGAGAAGUGCAGCAACCUGCUUGCAGACUAGAGGAAUGCUUUUGGGGGUUUUUGAUGGCCAUGCAGGCUGUGCUUGUUCCCAAGCAGUCAGCGAAAGACUCUUUUAUUAUAUUGCUGUCUCUUUGUUACCCCAUGAGACUUUGCUAGAGAUUGAAAAUGCAGUGGAGAGUGGUCGAGCACUGCUACCCAUUCUCCAAUGGCACAAGCACCCCAAUGAUUACUUCAGUAAGGAAGCAUCCAAACUGUACUUCAACAGCUUGAGGACUUACUGGCAAGAGCUGAUAGACCUCAACACUGGGGAGUCAGCUGAUAUUGAUGUUAAGGAGGCUUUAAUCAAUGCUUUCAAGAGGCUCGAUAAUGACAUCUCUUUGGAGGCUCAGGUUGGUGAUCCCAAUUCUUUCCUCAACUACCUGGUCCUUCGAGUAGCAUUUUCUGGGGCCACCGCUUGUGUGGCCCAUGUGGAUGGUGUCGACCUUCAUGUGGCCAAUACUGGCGAUAGCAGAGCCAUGCUGGGUGUGCAGGAAGAGGAUGGCUCCUGGUCAGCAGUCACUCUUUCUAAUGACCACAAUGCUCAGAAUGAAAGGGAAGUGGAAAGGCUGAAAUUGGAACAUCCAAAGAAUGAGGCCAAGAGUGUGGUGAAACAAGAUCGGCUGCUGGGCUUGCUGAUGCCUUUUAGGGCUUUUGGAGAUGUAAAGUUCAAAUGGAGCAUUGACCUUCAAAAGAGAGUGAUAGAAUCUGGCCCGGACCAGCUGAAUGACAAUGAAUAUACCAAGUUCAUCCCUCCUAAUUAUUAUACACCCCCUUAUCUCACUGCUGAGCCAGAGGUAACCUACCACCGAUUAAGGCCACAGGAUAAGUUUCUAGUUUUGGCAACUGAUGGGCUGUGGGAGACAAUGCAUAGGCAGGAUGUGGUUAGGAUUGUGGGUGAGUACCUAACGGGCAUGCAUCACCAACAGCCAAUAGCUGUUGGUGGCUACAAGGUGACUCUGGGACAGAUGCACAGCCUGUUAACAGAAAGGAGAGCCAAGAUGUCCUCAGUAUUCGAGGAUCAGAAUGCAGCAACGCAUCUUAUUCGCCAUGCUGUGGGCAACAAUGAGUUUGGGACUGUUGAUCACGAGCGCCUCUCCAAAAUGCUGAGUCUUCCUGAAGAGCUUGCUCGGAUGUACAGAGAUGACAUUACAAUUAUUGUAGUUCAGUUCAAUUCUCAUGUUGUAGGGGCAUAUCAAAACCAGGAAUAGUGAAUGAAUCUUAUCCUGGAGAUUCCCAAGCGAAAUAGAUUUAAAGGAUAGAUAGAUAUUUUUUAAUUUAUUUUUUUUUAUUAUUAUUUUUAUCCUCAGCCGAGGACAUUUUUUUCAUUGCUUUUAGAGAUAGAGGAAGGGAACGGAGGGGGGGCGGGGGGAGAGAAACAUCAGUUGGUUGCCUUCAUAUGAGCCCUGACCAGGGAUCGAUGACCAGGGAUCAAACCUGCAAACCUGGGUAUGUGCCCUGACCAGGAAUCAAACCUGCAACCUUUUGGUCAACGGGAGAACACUCCAGCCGAGUCACAUGGGCCAGGGCAGGAUAGAUAGAUUUUUAAAAGAUACUAAAAUAAUAAACAUUUACAGUGGCCAUUCUAAACAUUUACCCAUUUGAUCUUCUAGCUAGUUGUGAAUCCAAUUGACUUGGUAGUAGGGCGGUAGGAUAAUGAGAGUGUCACCGUCUGGCUCGGACCUCACAGUGCCUGCACUUGAGGCAAGUCUGUUCCUUAUUGCAAAUGUCAUGUGACAUUGGGUUGUAUCAGUCUGAGAAAAUCAGGAGGACUUGGCAAGUGAGAUUUCGAAUAGGUCAAAGGCAAGAAUCUUGCUGGGUGUGUUUUCUUGGUAAAAGAAACAUUACUGUUUACACUUACAGGCUCAUUUUGUCACUAGGAUUCCAGUGUACAUGAGAGUAUUUAUUGCAUGAUUUGCUACAUAUACAAUCUAUGCAUUAUUCAUAUAAAUCUGUUUCAUCCUGAGGUUUUCAAAUGCAGUACUUUUAAGCCAUAAAUGACUAAGAACCAAGCAAUCUGAAUUUGUGUUUGUUAUUAUUUGGAAUGCUUUUGAAAUGGGGUAAACAAACUAUUUCCUUUACCCAAUUACCUAAUAUCAUUGAGACAUUCUAUGUUGCCACACACUUGAAGACAAUAAAGAUUUUUAGUUUUAUCUACUCUUAUAUUGAUGUUAAAUAAAAAAAAAAGAAUGUUUUUUAGUUUGUAUUAAUGAAAAGCUUUAUUUAGUUUGAAAUAAAAAGAUCUAGAAUAAAAAGAGAUGGAUAUGUUCAACUCUUGUCCUCUGUAGACACCAGCACGUCAUUCUUAGUAAUUCUUGAAGGUUUGGCAUGCUGUAAUAUGUGGGUGGUAGACUGCUGCUUGUAUAUCAUACUUCUAAUUUCAUAGUGAUAAUUUCAUCACUUGGAAUUUUAAGGAUAACAAAUUAAGUUUAUCAAUUUGGGGAGUAAGGCUUACUUUCAGGCAUUGAGACAAGGGAGAAAGUUUUUGUUUUUCCCCACUUAGACAUAGGUCAAUUAAAAUAUUUGGUUUAAAAAUUACUAAAUGCUUUAAACAUAAUGUAGCUUAUAAAUAGGGAUGUUGAGCUAUACACAUGAGAAAUCUUAAAAGGUAACUAUUUUGCAUGCCUGGUGCUUAAUAGAACACUUAGUAGUAUCAAGUGUUAUUUGCAGCAGUCUCCAUAAUUAUAUGCAGUCUCUUCUAAUGCCAUAUCAAAGUAAAUGAAAGUAAACAUAUUCAAAUUGGCUUUUUGGGAUUUACUUGAUUUGCAUCAAAUGGUGUUUUGUUCUUGUGUUCAAUGGUGAUCUCUGUACAGCUCUGCAUAUAUUUUCAUCAUUUAUUCUAGCAACACUUAAAAGAAUGACUAUAACUAUGAUGUUCAUAUAGAUUUUAAUACAAAACAAUUAUCUUUCCCUUGUGUAAUUAGUUGAGGGGUGUUUAGGAGUCCUUUCAGAUUUCUGUAGAAUGUGUACUGGAUAGUCAAGGACUCCCCAUGGACUGGACACUAAAGCACCAUAGAAGUGACUGCAAAAUGUUUCCAGCUGAAAAAUAGACUCGGGCAGACUGCAGCUCAGAAUAUCAAAUGUUUCUUUUCUGAGGUCUUUCCCCCUCAUUUUUUGUUUGUAGUUUGUUUUUCUUGUUGUUGUUUUUCCCUUCCAUCAGCUUGGAGCUUUUCUUCCAGGCAGCAUUUUCAAGGGAGGGAAGGCUGUACUAUAUAUUUAUUUCUAAAUGUUUUGACAGAGACUUUUUAAAAUGAAAUAUAUAUAGACUGCAGUAGCAGUUGAAACCCAUUUUUAGGCUACUAUUUGAAUUUCUCUUGAGUGCCACCCUGAAGAGUUCCAUCAUAUUAUUAUAUACUUAAAAAGUCUCAUCUCUGCAUAGUGCAAUAAAUAUAAAUUUAGUUGCCAGUGGUCAUGAUCAACACAGUAAUUCUUAUUAUUACACAAGAAACUUGGUCUGCAGUCCAAACGCUGGUCUACUCCAGAAUGAAAAAACAGUGUGGAGUGUAAAUUGUUGAAAUGAAAAUAAUUGGAUGUUAGAAAUCUGAAUGUACUAUCAUCUGAAAGCACUUGUGAUUUUAUUGUAAUUUGUUGUCAUUGUGAUAUUAUAUAUGUAGAAUUAAAGAAGACAUGUAACCUUUCAUUGUUUAGCCUUUCUUAAACAUUUUCUUAUUAUUUAAACUUUCUAACAAUAUGUAUUGAUUUCUGUAUUUAUAUUUAAUCAAUGGCUCAUGAUAUUUAUACUAUGCCCUUAACUAGUUAAAUGGAAUGGUGGUGUGGUACACAGUACUUGAUAGAAAAACUGUCUUUUAUAAAAUGUAUCUGUGUGAAGACAUAAGAAAAGUUUAUAAUAAUAGAGAAUGGUCAGAGAAAUGCCCACAGAGAAUUAAAGUUUCAUAUCUGCUUUCUGAAUGCCCUGUGUUGGUUCUUUAAAAUUUAUUGGGGUAACAUUGGUUAAUACCAUUAUAUAAUUUUCGUGUGCAAGAUUUCAACAUGACAUCUGUACUAUUGCAUGCUUGCCACUCAGAGUCUUAAUUUUUCUUCUCUUACCACAUAUUUGACUCCCUUUAGCCACUUUGCCCUCUCCUCACCCCCACCAUCCUCUGGUAACCAUUCUGUUGUCUAUAUGUGUUGGUUUUUAAUAAUAGUAAGAUGCAUUAGAUUCUCUCUAUGGUGGUACAUUAUACUUAAUUUUAAAAUCCAGUAGACAGAACUUUAUUAAAACCUGAGGUAUAAUUUCCAUUCAGUAGCAUGCACAUAUUUUGAGAAUGUCAUUUGCGAUUUGGUGACCACGAUCACAAUAAAGAUAAAACUUCCAUUAUUCCAGAAAAUUCUCUCACACCCCUUUCUAGUUAAUUCCUCUCCAUAUUAUC